UCGCGGACGAUCGGCUCGAGGGUGGCCCGUGCACGAACAAAUCGCGCUCUCAUCUUCGAUAUCUCGGCCAGAUCGGCCGGGCGGCCGCCUUUGACGCAGAUGACUGGCUCUAAUCCGCUAAGUUAGACAAACAAAUGACAAUGGAGAUCGAUUAUCUAGCCAUCGAGAGAGAUUGAGAUGAGGGACAGCUGGAAAAGAAUAGGAGAGAAUGUUGUCCUCUUCGGUGUCAACUCCAUUCAGUGUUCGUGAUAUUCUCAGCGAAGAUCAGCAACUUAUCGUCAUGGAUUGUUACGCACAUCAUCAAAAUCAAGCUCAACAACAUGUGCACCAAGAAUAUUAUUCGUACGUUGUCCCCGAAAACAAUUGGGAAAUGGAUAAAUUUAAGGAUCAGCCGAUGCCCAGUUAUCAACAUUACUCGGAUCUCAAUCAUGUUCACCAAUUGAGUCAGGUGGUACCGCCGUACCAAGAAACUUCUAUCACUGAAGACGGUAACAUUGUUACGUCCAGCAAAACAGAACUGCGCAAAAGCCAAUCUGGUAAAAGAACGAAGCGGAAACCAAGAGUGUUGUUCUCGCAAACACAAGUUUAUGAAUUGGAGCAGCGUUUCAAGCAGCAGAGAUAUCUGAGCGCACCUGAGAGAGAAAUGUUGGCCCAGACACUGAAGCUAACCAGCACUCAAGUGAAGAUUUGGUUCCAGAAUCGACGGUACAAGAACAAACGCGCCCGGAUCGAGGACGCCGAGAAGCUGCAGGCACAGAACAUGAAGAAUCAACCCUUGAAAAAAAUUACCGUACCGAUCCUCAUCAAGGAUGGUAAACCCAACGUACAAGAGUCCUACAACGCACCUUAUUGGCCAAAUAUCCGAUCGGAUUUGAGCGCUCCGAUACAGACGGACUUUAGGACAAAUGAGAUACGCAUCAGUCCUGACUUCAGGUCCAACUCGAGCGAGGUGAGGAUUGACUCCAAUAUCAGCCCGCAGUACAAACCGGAAGUAAAUUCGGAUAUGCCCGGAAGAUCAAGCCUGAACGACAUGGCGGACAGGCAGCAGCACGUUCCAGAGUACAGGGGCAAUUUCGUGGCGGAAGCACCGCCGAAUGUGCACGAUUGCAAUCGAUUAAUCAAGACGGAGUUCAAGACGUGCACGAACGUCAACGAAGCCGUAUCGUAUCCAGACGUGAAGACUGUUCAGUCCGACAGCAAACAGCUUAUGACUGAUAGGCGGAUGUCUAUGGAUGUCUCUAAUGGCGAGUACGGGUUUUCGAAUUAUCUCGCUCCCACCAAUUACCAAAUGCAGUAUGUGAAUUACAUGGAGCAGGUACCUAUGGAUCAAAAUCUGCAGCGACUGUGGUAGGUGACGCGAAAGUUCUGAAUAAAUUAAUAUCGCAAUGCAGUUUCUACUCUUGGAUCUACAGUGGUUCUAUUGAUAAGAACAACUUAGAUUUAGCAAUUAAUUAAGUUGUCGCUUCAAUUCUUUUCAAUUAAUUAGGUGUUACUGGAAAGAAUUUAUCAAUAAAUAUUUAAUUUUUACUAUCAAUUCAAUUAUCAAUAUCGAUUAUUGGUUAAUUUAGGAUCGAUACGAUGAGUGGUAAAAAAUAAUUUAACCUUCGAGAAUGAAUUAUAUUUUUAUCUUUUUAUAUUAUUGUGUAUAAUAUUUUUAUACUUGUAACAUAACAAAAAGGAUAUUCAUUCUUUAUAUCCAUUUAUCUAAAAUUUUAAAUUAAGUUAAUAUUUCGAUGUUAAAUCAAAUCGUUGAAAUUCGGCAAAGGAUGGUCAACGUUGGCAAAAGAAAUACUACGCCAAAGUAAUUAACCAAAGAUAUAUCCGUUAAUUAUCAUAUAUGUAUACAAAUGUAAGCGAUUACCGCUAAACUAGAAAUACGCUAUCUAGAGAAUAAGCUUACGAUAUUGGCAGCUGUUUUUUAGUUGGCUAAGAUUUUUCCUUUGAAAUAGUAACGCGCCGUAUAAGAGAGCGGAAAUUGCUUCAAGUGGCCUUUGCGGAAACAUCGAGCACCUUUCCGCGUAUGUCAUGUGCCUCGGGAAGUUUUUUUCCACUGACUUUCAAGUGCAGACGCUAGUUGUGCAAUAAAUUAAUUUCCUUCAGAUGGCCUUUUGCUGAAUAGGAACAGAAUUGUGUAUAUGAUCAACACGUUACGAGAAAUGUUCAGUUUUCUAUUAAACAUGUAAUACAAAUAUAA